CCGGCAGGGACUUCCUCCUCCCGAGCAGCUGGGAUUAUUUCUGGUGAAGUUGAGGUUGGACGCAUCAGGGGGGAGCUCAGCAGCCAUGGGCAGAGACAUGACUCGGGUUUUGUGUCUGUCAGGACUCGUGAUGGAGGUGGCGGCUCAGACAGCUCAGGGGAUGGACCGGCGGGCUCUGCCCCAGUGGCUUACUGGCCUCAUCGCCGUGGCCGGCUUCCUGUUCCUGGUGUUCGUGGCCUUUCUGGUGAACAAGGCCUGGUGUCAACGGACCCAGAGGACGGAUGCUGAGCAGUCGCUGAGGGUCAUUGAAUAUGUCACGACCAACGGAGACGUCUAUGACGUCAAGCUGGAUGACGUCAGGAGCAGCGAUCAUCAGAACGCCUACGAGAACGUGGCGGCGGACAGAGGCGGAGAGAGAGUCACUGUCAUGUGACCGUGCCACGUGACCAUGUAGGAUCAACGCCAUUGGCUCCCGGAACUUCCGUUUUUACCAACACGCCCUGCAACGCCGAACCCCUGAAGACGAGGAUGAACAACGAACACACAGACACAGACACACACACACACACAGACACACACACACAGACACACACACACACACAGACAGACACACACAGA